AUCCAAACCGGUACAGUACAGAACAUUACGAGUUGUGUAUGACUAAUUUACUUCCGGGAAAAAACAAAAGAAUCCAGCAAUCAUAAUUUUGAUGUAAUUUAAAUUAAGUGAUAUGUAAUCAUGGAAGGAAAACUGAUAUUAGUACUUAUUUUAUUUCGAAUCUCUACAGCAAGUGCAGACUGUGACAGUUUACCAGUUAUUGAAAAUACGCACAAUGAUGCUGGUGGAGCUGGACCGUAUGCGUCUGGCACUGUUGUUAAGUUUGAGUGUAAACUAGGUUUUAAUCCUGUAGGAACAAGCAAGGUUUACAAAUGUUCUGGGAAUGAAUGGGUUGAUGGAAACUUGAAGUGUGAGCAGAUAUAUUGUACAUACGUCAAAACACCAGAUAAUGGACGGGUAGUUAACACACCAACUAAUGAGGUGGGAACGUCUAUAAACUUUGAGUGCAAUGAAGGAUAUGAUAUGAAUGGAGCCAGUAACAUGGUCUGUCGAACUGAUGGUCAGUGGAGCCCAAAAAGUCCUCCUAAAUGUCAAAUUAAAAUGUGCGGAGAGUUUGGAUCUAUACAGUAUGCCACGUUGUUUCAGAAUACAAUUGAUAGUGUAAAAAAUGGCUAUGGAAGCAUUGUUGAAGUUACAUGCAAUAAAAACUAUGUUUUAAAAGGGUCACCAAGAGUUAUGUGUCAGGCUAAUGGUUACUGGGGUGAUAAACCUACUUGUGAACAAAGCCAAUGUCCUCCUUACCCAGGUUUGAACUCCUCCUGCAUAAAAGAAGCUGAGCCAUCUGGUAGUUUUUUCUUUCUUGUAUGUCGAGUCGAUGUCCCAGUGACCAAAACCGGGCCUGAUGCAGCUGAAUGUAUUUCUGGAAAGUGGGAUAACACAGAAAUGGCUUGUUACUGUAACUGUAAAGUUGAAGCCGACACAAACCUUGUAUCAUUAAAGAAUGCCAUAGACGGUGGCUAUAUAGAUCAUACACAAACUCUAGAUUGGAGUUGUAAAAAGGGUUCAACAAAAGUUACAACAAGUGAAAAGGAUGUUUGUAACGAUGGAAAUGUAAUUAAACCAGUAUGCAAAUCAAAGGAAACCCCAGUAACAGUAACAACAUACAAACCAGUUACUGAUGAAAGUGGAAGUACUGUCAAUCCUCCGCCAGGGACUACCGGAAAGUCCUUGCCACAAGAAUCAACACCAGUGGGAGCAAUUAUUGGAGGAAUCUUAGGAGGGAUCGCAGUUGUGAUUCUUGCUAUAGUAGGCUUUAUUUGUUACAAGAAAAAGAAACGAAAUCCUGAAGCUGGUAACACAAUUGAGAAGAAGGCAAUGUUUACGAAUGGUUCUGAAAAACAUACAGAAAAUGACAAGGAAAAGGUGAAACUUGCAGAUAGUACUGAAGGUGAAGCUGUAUAGGUAUGAACAGUACAAAAUAUACUUGGAAUACUAAAGAUGGUUCCAGAUCAAAUUUCAAAGGUAAAGAUGAUUCGAGAUUUUUUAAAUCCCAUGACUGGUAGCCAGUUUUGGGUCAAAGAGGUCAAGAAAAAUGGAAAAUUGUGUUAAACUGUGUACAAACUUAUAUUCAUAUUUAUGUAUGACUGACUAUGUGAGAAGCACCAUUAGGUGUAAUCUCUAUUGCUAAAUACAUGUAACUUAAAAUACUAAAAAACUUUUAAAGUAAGUUUGUUAUUUGCAGUUUUUGUCUACACUUAUAAGAUUUAUGUAUGUGGUGAUACUAGGGGAACAGUUUUCGGUACAGAAAAACGAGUGAUUGAUAUGUCAUCUAUAAUGUGGGAGUUGCCAUGUCUCCAUUACAGUGAAAAACUUGCAACAUUAGUAUUGAGACUAGUAUUAACUAGGCAUCAGCCAGUAAAGGGCUGGUUGGAAAUUAGUCAUAACAUCUUUAUUUUAUAUGAGUUACUAUAAUUUUCCGAGCAGCCCUAGAAAAAGAAUGGUAUACAUAAUAUCAUAUAUCAGAGUGAACUUGAUAGUCUAGUAGUUAGAUGCUGGGCUACAAAACCAGGGGUUGCUAGUUCUUUGUUCCUUCAUCUGGAAUUAGUUGGAUUUAUAGUUUAUAUAAACAAAUAUUUAUAUCCUUUACAAAUACCAGCUCCUCUCCCCCACCCCUUUUGCUGAAAAAAAAAAACCACCCCAGGGGUGUUAAUUAGGAGAUAUAUGGUUUAUCACUUAGGUUAACAAAGAAAGAGUGCUUGUAACAUACUGCUAUAGUGUCAGUAUGCCUGGUUAGCUCAGUAGGGAUAACACAAGACUACGAAUGGACAGGUCCUUAGUUUGAUUCCAAAGCGUGCCGCAUGUUGUCUGUGACGAUUUGCCAGAAGACAGUGCAAUUGUCCUCCACAGCUGUGCCACACUGUAAAGAUGUCAGUUGCUUGCUGAGAACAAGUCAGUGCUGUUGUUUCAUAAUAGAAAUACUGUCGGAAAAUGGCAUUUAACGGCAUUUAGGCAUUUAAUGCCAUCAGACAAGCUGAGUUAUGUUAUACGGCUAGGUCAUCUGGCUGCCAUUCAAGAAUUAUUGUGAUUGGUGCAGGGUAAAUGUUCUUGUUGAUUUGGUCGAUAAUCUUUGGAUGCAUAUUGCCUACAGGUCGUUUUACCUAAACAGUGUUGAUAUGACUUAAAACCUAACAAACGAACAUACUUUGGAAUGUCAUGACCUGCGGAGAACAAAUGUUAAAGUUGGUGAAUAGUUCUGUUCACUUUCGAAGUACUGUUAAGUGUUUUAUAUGUAAUAAUACUGAUCAAAAAUCUAGUUGAUUGAUGGGCACCAUUAUCUCUAAGAUUUGGAAAUUUAAGUUGCAAGUAGGGCCAUAAUUAAAAAUUUGUUUGUUUGCAGUGCUCCGACCGACCCAUCAAAAUCGUCCCGACCCAAAAAAUUUUUUAGGCAGUUCAGGGGGGCAAUUUUUUUUAUAUAUAAUUAUGUUUUGAUCCUUUCUGAUGCAAAAUGCAUUUUCAGCAGUCGUUUUCCUUUUCGUAUUUUGAUAUACAGCAGAUUAUUCAACGUUUAGUGUACGCGACCAUAUUGCCGAUUUCGCACGUGUUUCGGAAGUCACAAGUUCCGAUCCGAGUGAGAAAGUCGCUCAGACAUCUUUACUUAGUCUUUCUCACAUGAUUUUACGGUGACCUAUGUAUAUUUGAUAAACAAUUUUCCAAUAAACAAAUGUUUCGGCGGUAUAUGACCUGUUUGUGUCGGUUCGCCGUAAAUCCCAACUCAUUCUUUUAAUAAACAAUGUCGUCUGACACAAUGCCACGGUCAGUCAACAUGAUCAUGGUCUAAAAAAUUAUUCUGAUUUUCUGUUGAUUAGUUUCAACAUUUAAAAGUUUAUAAAUUAAACAGACAUCUGAAUUUUUGAUCAUGCACCAGAAUAGUCCGCAACUUGAAUGAUAACUAUUCACAUUUUUUAUGUAAUUGAGACCUUGUUCGAACACGUAAUAAAGCCACAUACCUCGAUUUUUUUUUUUGUAAAUCCUAAUUUUCCUUUCCUUGCAAACAUGUUUUAACUUUUAAAUCCCAGUUUUAUCCGACACAUUUGGUGACAAAAUUGCAUAAACAUCUUGAAAAAUACACUGGCACUUGUCGGCUAAGUUCAAAGGAAAGAUGGGAAUCGGCAUUUGGCCUUUGAUGUAAGAUGAAAGAAAGCAGUUUGACAGCUAAGUGUCGUGAUGGGUGUGAUGUAAUUUGACCUAAUUCUACAAGUACAAUUUGUGUAUUACCUAAUACAUUUUGAUUUAAAAGGACUGAGAUGAUUUAUGGAUUUGAAUUUAAGUGCUGUGAACUUCGUUUCUUGUUCCUUACUUAAAGGAACUAAAUCAUAAUUUGACAUACUUCAGCUUGUGUUUAAAAGUGAAGCCUUUCAAUUCUAAAGCCUUAAUUUUCACUAAAAUGGAGACUAAAAAUUAAGCAUGAGAAGCUCCACAGCUGGUCACAAUCACCCUCUUCUACACAGACCUGUAUUCAAAGGGUUGGGGUGGAGGCCUAUAUGCUGCUCCCCUGCCCCAAGUUGCCCGAGAAGUUACCUUUAUUUAACAUAGUUGAACAUGUAUCAGAACCCACCAUUUCAAACUUGUAUUUAAAAAAUAUUCUGGAAUUCGAUCUUCUAUACCUACCGCCAAAUUUUGGACUGGAAUGUGCAUUUCAUAUGCAACAACACUUCCUGUGUCCAGAUCAAUAAUAUCAGUGCACGCAAAAUUUAGACAAAAAUGUAACAGUUGCCAUCAUUUCAUUCCUAACAAAGAUGAAACACAUUUCAUUCCUAUCAAAAGAUGUAACAGAUGCCACUAUUAUUUUCAUUCCUACCAAAAGAUGUAAACAGAAGGCACCAUUUAAUUUCUAUCAUCAAAAAAGGUAAAAAAGGCCACUAUUUCAUAAAUAGAGGUAGCAUAGGCCGCCCUUUCAUUACUGUCAAAAGAAGUAAUAGAGGCCACUAUUUCAUUCCUGUCAAAAACUGUAACUGAGGCCGCUAUUUCAUUCCUGUCAAGAGAUGUAACAGAGGCCACAAUUUCAUUAAUAUAUUUUUAUCAUUUCCAGGGGGGUGGCAGCAAACAUUCUUUUUUGCCUACCUUCCGCACCCCCAUCUCGCCAAAAACAGGUUGGACAGCUUAGGCCUGCAGUGAGGUCAUUAUAAACCUUCUGUCUCUUUCUGUAUCCAGAAUGAUGACAUUUGAGUACUCAAAACUUGGACCAAAAUGCAACAAAGGCCAUUAUUUCAUACACUAAGGGUCUGACAGCAUCUGCAUGAAGUCAGAACAACUGUCCUAUAAAAGGUUUUAAGGAAUGAGGGUGCGGAGUGUCCAGAUCGUUCGUUGCAUUCUUGGUCUAUAUCCAAAGUACUGUCAUUCAGUUUCAAUUUUGAUUAAUUAUAAAAUGAAAGAUCUGGUUUAAUAAAUGUCUACAUGCAAGUUUGUGCUCUGUUAAAUUCCUUGUAGAAUUUGUCUGCCAUGUAUGUUCUUACUGUCUGAAAUUCAUGAAUAUGUUUCAAUGUCCGCUGAGAAAAUUUGUGUACACUGACUACAAAAAAAAAAAAAUCCCUACCUACCUACCCACUCCUAAAAAUCUGGGUCGGAGCACUGCAAACAAACAAUUUUUUAAUUAUGGCCCAGUGCUUUAGUUAUCUUUGAAAUUUGGCUGGAAGUCAGCUGUAUGGACAGGUUUUUCUCAAGUUAUCAGAUUUCUUCAAAAUAAAUCAGUCUAGUCAUGAGAAAAAAACAACAGGAUCAUCAUUUCUAUUAGCACACUGUGAAUUGUAGUGGAAAUCCUGGCACAGUAUGGUUAUGGCAGUAUGGGAGAUAUUUUUUAUGUUUUCAUGGGAAAAAUCUCACAGAUUAAAGGUUUUGAAGAACAGUUACUUUACGUUGGUUUGUUUUAGUUUACAGUAGCUAAAUAAUGUUUCAAAAUUAAAUUCCUAAAAGAUGAGAAUAUUAAAGGUCUCCUUACAGCAUAAUGUAAUAGUUAAUAGAUGAAUUGUUGAAACAUUAUUGACACGUCUUAUCACACAAGAGUCUUAUCACACAAGAACAGAUUAUACAUGUAUUUUCUUUUUGCCCCUAGUAUUGUUUUAUUGGAAAUUAGAUUAGGCUAUGUGCAAAGUAAUGGACUGUUUGACGCAUUGUUAAAGAAAUCCAGAGUAAUGAUUUCAUUCAAGGCUAACUUUAUUAUAGAUGUCCAGUCAAACUUGUGUCAGAGACCAACUUUGAAACAGAGACCACCAGUUACUGGUUCUAAAGAGUGCUUGUUUCAUUUCUGGUUUAUCAUUCUAAGUUUAUUUUGAUGUGGAAAAGCUGGAUUCUCUUAUUUUAAUGUGUAUUUUUGCUUUGUAUAUACAUGUAUCAGUAGCUAUAUUUGCCUAUGACAUGAAGACCCGAACAUGUUUAUAGCUUUCUACUCUGUGGCAAAGUUUAUUUGAUAUUUACUGUAUUUUCCUAUAUGUAAAACAAUGGUGAUAAUCUGGAAUACAGACUUUCCUAGAAUUGUAGAUUACAGCAGUCUUGCUUGCUUUUUAAAGAAACCUGAUAAAAACUAUGAGUCUUAGCUAUAAUGAAUCAGAUUGUAUUUUUUUUUUUUUUGGUUAAAUUCCCAAAUGACUGUUGGCAAGUUGUUUCAAAAUCUGCAGGAGUCUCUGGACCGAUAUUGCUUUGUACAUGAACAUUAUUUACAUUGUGCAUGAUAGAAAUGUAGUGUCCAUUAAUUACUCACUGCAGUCAUAUAUAUAUAGUAAAUACCAGGAAAAUGCACAGUCAUGUGGGAAAGAUGGUGAUGAGUGUACAUUUUUUGAUUUAGGCCAAGUAAAAUGCUAUAGCUUGUAUGUACCUAAAAAUUAUUCGGUAUAUAUUCUAUAUAAAAUGGACAAUUUUCAGUUUUUUUUCACAGAGCUACCACAUAUAGAGCUACCCAUUACAGAGAACAAUUUUUUUUUAAAAAAUGUUGUAAAAUGACAUAAAACUACGAGAAAAUCUGGAGUCAUGUAUCUUCUAAGAGAUUGUUCCUGUCACAUUUGCUUACAGUAAAAUUACAUCAAGAUCACACUUCUGUAACCUGGUAUUACUACUUGUACUAAAAUUGAGUUGUACCUCUAAAAACCACCUUCUGUCUCAGUUUUUUUCUACCAACAUGUCAAAAAGACACCCACAAUGAAAGUUUAACAAAAACUAGCCUUAAUUUAGACCUCUGUGACCACCCCAAGUGAAAAUUAGUGUUCAAAAACUUGUCUGCCAUUAUGGGGCUAGACCAGAUGACUCCCACACUGAUCCUUUAGUACCGUAUAUUCGCGGCCAUAAGUCGACCUCGGCCAUAAGUCGAGGGGUAUAUUAUGGUGGGAGAAAGCUGGUAUUUUACCUGAACUCGGCCAUAAGUCGAGGGCAAUUUUUUAAGAUAUUUCAUAGGUGUAUAAGUAUGUUCAAUGCUCAUGUAGAGGGAUAAAAAAAUCUUCAUAAUUAUAUAAACAACAUAUAACAAAGUAUUCAAAUUAUUAAUUUUAUUUUUAUAUUAAAAAUAUUAUCCUUUAUUGUUUGAAAAGCAUAUAUCUUUAAUUUAUUAAUAAGAUAUUUCAUUCAUAACAUUUAAAACAUGUUACAUGUAUCAAAGCUACAAUAAACAUAAGU